CAUUGUAGAGCAUUACUGAGACUGACAGGUGGAGAGAUACGCGGAUUCAAGUACCACACACAAAAUACUGAGGAUGAGCUCGUCUUCUUCUAGUUCAUCUAGCUCUGUCUGGAAACGGGACGACUCUGGUCUGACCGCGACAGACGUCAAUGCCUCCUUUGCUAGCGGAUUCGUAGCUGGCUUUCUGGUGAAAACUGCUACAGCGCCUCUAUCUCGUUUGACCAUUUUGUUGCAGACAGCGCCGAUUGCAGGGACUGGGGGCAGUGGUCCAACAUUAAGAUUUAUUUGGAGGUGAUGUGCUCUCCUAGUUAGCACUAACGGAAUAUUUUUCCCGAUUUUCUAACUCGUGCGAACAACGUGGAUCUGCGCACGAUAUGGCGAGACACUGUGCGGAGGGAGGGACUGGCGUCCUUCUGGAAGGGUAAUUUUAAGGCUGCAACUUGUCGUAUGUUGGUAGCAGUGGAAAUGGAAUACUUACACGAGUAGUUGGAAACUGUACAGGGAGAAUUAUCCCUCGGAGCAGUACGACGUAGUAUCACUCUUCUCGUCCUGCAAAAGACGGCAGUACUACAACGAACAGGACGUAAACGUAAAACAACAGAAUCGCAACAUGCGGUCCUGUCUCCUCGUGGAGAUCAAAGAUACCACAAAAUACAACAUACUCCCCUCCCUCUUUUGCAACAAGUUUUACUUACGCCUAGAAUGGGUAAACUACUAGUACUUCUAUUCAUGGUCUCUAAUAUUCGGGCUUCAAUACUUCAAAAGGGAACCGCCACGGGUCUCAAUUACGUGUUCUUCGAGUCGUUGAAAGACGUGGCUAGACCCUUGUGGCGCAGCGAGGACGAUGUAGGCAUCGUGGCACGAACGGCUGCUGGGUUCGGUUAGGAAUCUUCAAUUAUACUAGUAGUAGAAUUUUUUUCAUCUUGUUCAUGGUCUUGGUUAUUUUUUGGGGGUCACCAUGUUCAUGAGGAGUUCUUGUACAACUCUCACGUAGGUACAACUCUCUAGACUAGUACUAGGAAGCUGUGUAUGUCGUGCUCUAUGUCAACAAGGGAUCGUUCUCUUGUUCAUACUGUUAGAUGUUCUUCCACACGCUUGUCGAUCAGAUCAGCUCUAAUCCCAAGGUGGUGUCCUCUCGCUGCUGUUCUCGUACCCGUUCGAUAUCGUGAGAACGCGGCUAGCCUGCGAUCCACAGCGCAGAGGAUUAAGAGGAGGCAUUAAGGGCACUAUUACGUCGGGUGCUCAGGCGAGUGCGACCUCUGGUGCCUCUGGAAUGGUAUCAGCGCAACUUCGACAUUUCACCAGUAGCACGACGACUGCUAAUACCAGCACCGGCGUAGUAUCAAGUACUAGAGUCCUCUUAGACCGGAUGCGUUCCAAGUCUCUGAUUCUCGACACGUGGCUGGCUAUAGUGCGAGAAGAAGGGUCCGUUUGGGGUGCUCUUAGACGCGGCUUGCCUUGUACAUUGCUGUGCCAAGGAGCUAAUAUGGGACUGGGGUUUGGCAUCUACGAAACUCUAAAUGUGCAUAUGCUUUCGCCAGGCGAAACAAGAACAGGUUUUCUGCAUUGCAUAACUUGUGGCGCAGUGUUACGGCUACUUACUUGGAUUUUCUCCCAAUCUGCUCCUGCUGUGCUGCUGUCUUUGUUAAUAGCCACUAGAAGUGUGGUCCUGGUUGAUCAUCAGUAUCAAACUACCUGGAAGCUGGAAAAGAUACAACAAAUGGUGGAAUCAAGCUGCACGUCAAGAACAACAUGCGAGGACGCAUGCGGAGAUGGGAUCCCUUCUAACAGUAGCAGGUCUAGUCUCCUCAGUCGCAACGCAUCCACUCGAUUUGAUUCGUAGGAGACAACAAAUGGUAAUACCUCAAGAGCCGAUGCAUCAAGAAAGCAGCACCAGCAGUGGUCCAUGUUCUCACAGAGCCAGGAGUAAAGAGUUACGUAUUAGAGUCAAAAUCUUGAAACGCGUAGCGGUAAUUACAACCUGCUCAUCUUCAAGAAGGUCAUCGAGAUCCAUCCCUCUGCUUAGGAUUAGGAAGUACCGGGAAUGGAAUACUGCACCACGACCGACAGCGUCGUAGUCCUCCUCAACGUGGUAGUCCUCUAAGAAACCCUGGCAGCGUCUGGGCCAUUGCGCGAGAGAUAUACGGAUCAAAACAGGGCCUCCGUGGUUUCUUUCGUGGUCUACUCCCAGAGUUGCUCAAAGUUGUACCCGCAGUUGGCUUAAAUUUUUGGAUAUAUGAGUACCUAAGGCAAGAAUGUUUUGGUACUCAAGUAAGACCGAGAUAAAGUAGGACUAUUUAUUUUUGGACGAUCAAAAUCUAAAUAAUAUAGUUGUUGUACUAUUGUAGUAAGUAGACACAGGAGACAUCAUAAUUGUUGUUACAUACAGUAAUAUAUUAUAAGUUUGAAUGUCCUCGAUUUUCGAUUCAUUUUCAUUUGUUUUCAUCACGAUUCCAGAGGUACUUCCAUAGAUUGUGAUGAGCUAAACGCUUCGCAUACUGACCGUUUACAGAAGACUUGCUGAAGACACAAACGCUCGGCAACAACUCCUCGUGAUUGUGGUCCGAGCGACGACAAACGCUCGGCAACAACUCCUCGUGAUUGUGGUCCGAGCGUGACUCAGCAGAAGGACCGGACUGUUUGGCA